UCAUCUGUUUACUUUAAGUGAUAGAAUAGUCUCACCAAAUGAGAAGUGAGGCUCCAAGAGAGAACAGAGUAGCAACAACUCAGCUUUUGACGCCUCAAACUGAAGUGAGGAUGAUUCUGUCGUCGGAGAUUCAAAGAUAAUUGAAGAGUCUGAUCAAAAGCCCCACUCUUCAACAGAUCCUUUACAGAAUCCAAUCAUCACGUUCCUUUGUUCGAUUGAAAUUCAUCUUUCUCAGCAUGAUAAGCUUAGUUUACCUUACUGGGGUGCUAGAUUUUCAGGACACCGUGUAAAGCGUUCCUCUAUACGAGUCGGGCAACAUUAUGUCAGGGCUACUCUACCUUUCUCCCACACCAACGUUUUGGAGAAUUGUGAAGCGUAGAUCAACUGAGGAAUUUGAGAGCCUUCCUUACAUUUGCAAAUUGUUGAAUGCAUACUUUUGGAUUUACUAUGGAAUUAUUGAGCCCAAUAGCUUGCUCGUCGCCACUGUUAAUAUGUUCGGUGCUAUUGUCGAGAUAAUUUUUCUUAUCAUAUUUUUACUUUUGGCACCUUCAAGAAUGAAGGCUAGGACUGCCAUACUAGUUGCAAUUUUGGAUGUGGGAUUUCCAGCAGCAGCAGUUUUGCUGACUCAAUUCCUGCUACAUGGAGAAAUGAGGAUUGCUGUUGCAGGCUUACUCUGUGUAAUCUUCAGUAUGAUUGCAUACGCUUCUCCUCUCUCAGCUAUGAAAACGGUGGUGACCACAAAGAGUGUGGAAUACAUGCCUUUCCUUCUCUCAUUCAUCUUUUUCUUGAAUGGAGGAGUUUGGACUGCCUAUGCCUUACUCGCCAAAGACUUGUUUGUUGGAAUACCAAAUGGGACAGGGUUUUUUCUUGGAACAGCUCAGUUGAUUCUUUAUGCAAUGUAUUGGAAACCUAAGCCAUCGAGGCAAGUGUUGGACAAUUUAGAGGAUCAACAGCAAUAUGAGCCGCUCAACCCCGCCGCGGGCAGCGGCAUCCGAUCUCUUGAAGAAGCCACAGUAGCCACUAAUGGUAAAUAAGAGAAAAGGCUAUCAGAUAAAGUGUUAUUUUUUAAUUUUUGUAUAAUCACUCUUUAUUUGUCUUAUCUUGUCGAAAACCCUGUUAAUUUCACUUCCUAAGAAGCAUUCAAUUUCAAUAAUUGUAUGUUGACCUAGACUAGUAGACAACAACAUUUUCAAGUUGUCGGUCACUCAAUAUUACAUCAAAAUUUUAUUUA